GUCGAUAACAAUAUACCGUCAACCAACAAAUUGCACUUCAUCGUACCGCACCACCGCGAAAGAGUAUCAACAGAUCACACAACACAUAAUGACGGCCGCACCAUCAAUACAGCCCAAGUUCCUCACCAGUCGUCAUGACUUGGGCGUGGUUGCAGUCGGGUUCAGCGGUGGCCAGCCAAAAGCUGGUGUCGACGCUGCCCCAAUAGCACUGAUCGAAGCUGGUCUGAUCGACCAAUUGAAAGAAGAGCUAGAGUACAACGUUUCCUUCGACGGGCAAGUGCACAACUAUGCCGAAAUGUUGCCAUCAGAGGACCCAGACCACCGGGGCAUGAAGCGACCAAAGUUCGUCAGCGCCGUGACCAGGGAGGUCAGCGAACAAGUGUACAGCCACGCGAAAGAUGGCAAGCUCGUUUUGACUCUUGGAGGCGACCACUCCAUCGCGAUUGGUACCAUUUCUGGCACAGCGAGAGCGGUUCGCGAGAGGCUGGGGAGAGAUAUUGCAGUCAUUUGGGUUGACGCUCACGCCGAUAUCAACACACCUGAGACAUCAGAUAGCGGGAAUAUUCACGGCAUGCCCGUCGCGUUUCUGACUGGGCUAGCUACUGAAGAGAAUGAGGAAACAUUCGGGUGGUUGAAGGAUCACCACCGUCUCAGCUUGAAGAAGCUUGUGUACAUUGGUCUGAGAGACAUUGACAGUGGCGAGAAGAAAAUCCUUCGUGAACACGGCAUCAAGGCAUUCUCAAUGCACGACAUUGACAGACACGGUAUUGGUAAGGUCAUGGACAUGGCACUGGGCUGGAUCGGUAGCGACACUCCAAUCCACCUUUCCUUUGACGUCGACGCUCUGGACCCAAUGUGGGCACCCAGCACCGGAACGCCCGUACGAGGUGGUUUGACGUUACGCGAGGGAGAUUUUAUCGCAGAGUGCGUAGCGGAGACUGGCUCUUUAAUCGCUUUGGAUCUUGUGGAAGUCAACCCAAGUCUUGACCAGGAAGGAGCUGCUGAGACUGUUCGCGCUGGAUGCUCCAUCGUUCGUUGCGCUCUUGGGGACACUCUCUUGUGAUUCUUUUGAGACGGCGCUAGAAUAUAGGAUUACACUUGGACAUUGGAGUUAUCAAGAUGGGUCAAGGAUAGAUCUGCAUCAGAAGUUGCAAGCCAGGUACAUAGAUGGGUUAUGAGAUAAUCUGCCAACUCAAUAUUUUUCUCCAUAAUAAGUAUUUCUUACUUCUCGAAACCUUUGAUUGGAGUACAAGGCUAAGUCGAGAAUAAGGCUUGAUAAUAUCGGUCAACGUCAUGCGUUUCAUAUCAGAACUAGACCUGUCCUAC